UACCGCUCGCUAGCUUAACAGUAGUUGUGAUGUUAGCCUGUUUUCUUGGACACUCCUAGCUCUUAUCCCACCGCCCUGGUAAUUGCCUCAAGCCCCCUCAGGCAGCCAUGGCCGAGGAGGCCUCGGGAUCCCCUCUGUCGUCCCAACAUGACGAGGUGCUCCAGCAGCGGGUGGCGGCUCUGGAGCAGGAGAGGGCCGAGUUCAUCCGACUCAAGCAGCAGCUGGAGGCCGAGUUCAACCAGAAACGGGCCAAGUUCAAAGAGCUCUACAUGUCCAAGGAAGAGGAGCUGAAGAGGCAGAAGGCGGCGUUGGAUGGCGCCCAGACUGAGCUCAGCUCCGUCCAGGCCCAGCUGGCUCAGGCCCGGGCCGAGAUAGAGACCAUCAAAGAGGUGGCCACCGUGUCGGAGAACACCAAGCAGGAAGCCAUCGACCAGGUCCGCAGCCAGUGGCAGGAGGAAGUGGCGUCGCUGCAGGCCAUCAUGAAAGACACAGUGUGCGAGUACGAGGUCCAGUUCCACCAGCGUCUGGAGCAGGAGCGAGCCCAGUGGAACCAGUACCGCGAGGCGGUCGAGCGGGAACUGGGAGACCUGAGACGCCGGCUCACCGAGGGUCAGGAGGAGGAGAACCUGGAGGAUGAAAUGAAGAAAGCCCAGGAGGAUGCAGAGAAGCUGCGUUCGGUGGUGAUGCCCAUGGAGCAUGAGAUCGCAGCCCUGAAGGCAAAGCUGAACUCGGCCGAGGAGAGGGUGAAGGAACUGGAGGCCUCGAAGGUGAAGGAGCUCAAUCACGUUCUGGAGGCUGAGAAGUCUUGUCGUACCGACCUGGAGAUGUACGUGGCCGUGUUGAACACCCAGAAGUCCGUGCUGCAGGAAGACGCAGAGAAACUACGGAAGGAGCUUCACGAAGUUUGUCACAAGCUGGAGUUGGAGCGUCAGCAGCACAACCAGCUGAAGCACACAUGGCAGCGAGCCAACGACCAGUUCCUGGAGUCGCAGCGCCUGCUCAUGAGGGACAUGCAGAGGAUAGAGAGCGUGUUGUCGUCAGAGCAGCUGCGCCAGGUGGAGGAGAUGAAGAAGAAGGACCAGGAGGAGGAUGAAAAGGAGCGGCUGAGUCAAGUGAAGGACCUGCAGGAGGAGGAUGAGGCCGACAGCACGGAGCCUUUGGAUGACUUAUUUCCCGGGCUGAGCGUCGAGGAUCCCCACGGCAACCUCAGCGGCCAUGGCUCUAUGCACUCCUUAGACGCUGACGUGGUGGCAGGGAGCCCCAUGGAUCCCUACAAGGAAAAUCUGAGGAGGGUCCAGUCCACAGACAGCCUCGGCUCCUCGCUGUCGGCCCAGCAGGGCCUCGGCGGCCACAACCACAAAGCCAAGUCGGCCAGCAACUUGGACGAGUCGGACUUUGGGCCCCUGGUGGGGGCCGACUGCAGCGUGACAGACAGUAGCUUUGGCGAGACGUCAUCCAUCAGCUCAAUCAAGCUGACGGCGAGUCACUUCCUGCUGACUAAAGACCAGGAGAAGGCCAUCAAAGCCAUGACGCCUGAGCAGGAGGAGACGGCGUCGCUGCUGUCCAGCAUCUCGCACGCCCCCGACACCGCUUACUUACCACCUGCAGGCUACCGGCUCGUCAGCGACAGCGAGUGGAACCUGCUGCAACAAGAGGUCAAAAAUGCCGGCAGGAAGCUCGGACGACGCUGCGAUAUGUGCUCCAACUACGAGAAGCAGCUGCAGGCCAUUCAAGGACAAGAGGCCGAGACACGAGAUCAGGUGAAGAAGCUGCAGGUGAUGCUGCGUCAGGCCAAUGAUCAGCUGGAGAGGACGAUGACGGAGAAGCAGAAUUUGGAGGAGUCGGUCAAAGUGGGCAAUGAGCAGACGGCCGUUAAGGUGUCUGCCCUCAUGCAGAGAGUCCAGGAGUCAGAGACGCUGCUCAGCACACUACAGCAAGCCUUCAGUGACGCUAAGAGGAACACACAGGAACAGAUGGUGGUGCUGGUGAAGUCGAGGGAGCAGGUGGCAGACGAGCUAAGUCGACUACAGAGAGACAACGAGAGUCUGCAGGGAAAAUACAGGCUGCACGUCGAACUACAGCAGCAGGAGGAUUUCCAGAUGCCCAACACGGUGCAAGAGUUACAAGGUCUGGUGGUGCGGUUGCGCGAGGACAUGGUGGCGUUACGGACGUCUGCCGAUCACAUGGAGGAGAAGCUGAAGGCCGAGAUCCUGUUUCUGAAGGAGCAGAUCCAGGCGGAGCAGUGUCUGAAGGAGAACCUGGAGGACACUCUGCAGCUGGAGAUCGAGGGCUACAAGGAGGAAAUAGACAUCUUGGAAGCAUCUUUCUCCAGUCUGAAGACGGAGCUGGAGCGCAUAAAGACCGAGAAGGAACAGAUGCAUAAAAGUCUAUCUGAGAAGACUGAGACACUGGAGAGCAUCCAGGGCCUGAGGAUCAGCCUGGAGCGUCAGCUCAAAGAGCUCUCUGCUGCAAAGAGUGCACUAGAGAGUCAGGUCUUCGACGAGAGAGACAAAGCCCAGCGGCUGCAAACGGAGCUGGACGUCAGUGAGCAGGUCCAGAAGGACUUUGUCAAACUCUCGCAGACCCUUCAGGUACAGCUGGAGCGAAUACGCCAGGCAGACUCCUUGGACCGGAUCAAAGUAAUCCUCAACGACACCAACUUGACUGACAUCAACCAGCUUCCAGAGACAUGAUGCCACUGAAUGAAGACUGCCUUCGGUUUCAUUCCCCUCUUCCUCCAUCACUGGCCCAGUAACAUUAUUGUUCUUCUUCCCUGACCCUUCCUCCUCCUCUUCCUCCUCCUCCUCCUACCCAUAACCACCACGGAAGAGUUCGGAAGGACGAGGACAGACGCGGCAUGAGGAGCUCAUGGCCUUUUGUGUACAGUAAAAGUCUUUGAACACACCAUGGAUAGAAUAAUGAAGAAGAACACUACUACUAAAAAAAAAAAAAAGAAAGAAAAGAAAUGUAAAUAAGUAAAUGUGUGACUGUGGACGGAGGGAGUGGAAGUCCGUCUCCCUGUGGGUCUGUCUGUGUCUUGUUUCUACUGUAGAUACGACUGUCUGUAUUAGCUCAACCAAAAAAAAAAAAGGUUUGUCGUCUUCUAAAAGCACUUUUCAUCUGCAGCUUCUCUUUCCAGGUGAAUAGAAAACAAUUGGAUGCACAGUUUUGUUUUUCCUCCUCCUCCUCCUUCUGUUCUCACAGCGGUUGAUAAUCGCUUCCUUGUUCCACUCGCUUCUUCUUUCUGUGUUGGUUUCUUUGUUUGUUCUUUUUUUUUUCCUGCAUCAUUUUCCUCCCUGUUCUGAUCACGAGUGCCGUAUGACAAAAAGACAAUGAAGGAUGGAAAAUACUUGCACAUAAUUUAACUGCGAAAAAAAAAAAACUGAAAAAAAAAACAUGCAAGCAAUGCCCCUCCAUUGUUGCUUGCUUUGCUUUGUUUUGCUGGUGUCUGACAGAAACCUUUUGUUUUAAAGCUGCAGGAAUAACGUACUUUUUCGACUCUUGAUUUUUAGAAACCAGUUGGAGAAAACACUAGUUAGUCCAGCUCAUUUCAGGUUAAGAAACCAGGUGUCAUAAUUAAAAUGGGACACAUUUUUUCCCCCCACCUGUUAUUAAUUUACUUUCUGUACUGACUUUCUUAAUGUAACCCUGGAGAUAAAUUUAAAUUAUAGUGGGCAGCUUUUAAAUUAUAUCGAAUGAGCACAGCGGGCCGCCCCUUCAUCCCCACGACUAAGGAGUGAAUUCAUUUUUCUUCUCUGACUCAAAACUGAUUUUCUAAAGUGUAAUGAAACGGUUCGUUCGUCACUACGAGGAGUUCUGUUUAUCUGUGAAGCUACUAACUGAUUUGGAUUAAAUAACUUUAAAGUGUCGGGGUCUGUGCUCUCUUUGAGGAUGCCUGUGUUUGAUUGGAUCAAUAAUUGAAUGGAUCAUUGUGGAAAUGUUGCAGCUCCUCCUCCUCCUUUUUUUUUUUCCUUUUCCUUUUCCCAAAACUGACAUAUACACCAUGUUUGUGUUGCAGUAGUUCAACUGUGAAGAGUGGAGAACGUAUGCAAGGUUUUAAUCCCAGUAAAUUAUGUUUGCAACUUUUCAUACAAA